GGAGGAUCCAUGCCGCCACCUCCAUUAUCUUCAGAGGUCCCCGCGUAGAAAAACUGCUUAAAAAGGUUUAUAAUAUCUGAGACAUGAGGUGAUGGAGACUCACUGGAAAGGACUCAUAAACAAAGGCCCAAGCAGACCAUUUCAUUUAACCUCGGACACUGUCGAGGCCUUGGGUUGCUCAUGUAGAAGUCGGUGUCGACAGUGAAAUCAAGGUGAUCCUGUAGAGUGCCUGAUUUUUUGAUCCACUGAGCAUAGAUUCACAGUCCAGAGCCACCACCUUUUUGCUCUUUGAGGGUAUCGCCUUUUCCUUGAGCCCUAAAAGUACAGAUGCAUCGCAGCGCACUAGUACUCUGCCAUUCACGUGGGUGCACACAUACUUUGAAGCCGGUGUCGCUUGCGUUUCAACUGCAGGUGAAGGACGACCAUACUGUUGGGGUUCCAUGGCCACUUCCUGCGCUCCCGCUUGACUUCAUUAAGACAUGCAGCAUCUGCUCGGUCAAGCUCAUCAAAGUAACGUCGAUAAGCAGCCUACCACGCAUCAAUCCAUUCACCCAAGAUAUGCGUCUAAUGACCGCUUUGUUUUUACCUGGAUCUUGACCUCUUCUGCAGAAGGAGGGAGCGGGGAGUGGAGGAAGCUAUCGAGAUAUUCCACCCGCUGCAAAAAGCACACACCCACCACAGACCUGGUUGGUCCGUUAUGCUGUCUGUGUUACGUCAUCUGCUACUAUCGGCGUAUCCUCCGUCGACUGCGUUUCGCCAUUGGCUGGCGUUGGCGCAUCUCCGGUCGAGUAGAGCUGCACGUGAGGCGCCCUUGACACGCUCUCGAUGCCCCUUCUUGCCGCUUCGGCCCUGCGCACACCGCUGCAGAAGGGGGGGACAAACGUCGAGCCACCAGCAUCAACGACAGCUGUGUGCAAGAAAGAAAGCUCCAGCACGAGUAUAGCUCCAGCACACAUACGUAAGC